AAACUUAAGAUUCACAUGAGGAUCCACACUGGAGGGAAACCAUUCACAUGCACUCAGUGUGGGAAGAGUUUCAGCCUAUUAUCAUCCCUUAAUCUACACAUGAGGAUCCACACUGGAGAGAAACCAUUUACUUGCACUCAGUGUGGGAAGAGUUUCAGCCUAUCAUCAAACCUUAAUAAACACAUGAGGAUCCACACUGGAGAGAAACCAUUCAUAUGCCCUCAGUGUGGGAAGAGUUUUAACUUUUCAUCAAAUUUUCAUCGACACAUGAGGAUCCACACUGGAGAGAAACCAUUCACAUGCACUCAGUGUGGUAAGAGUUUCAGCCUAUCAUCAAACCUUGAUAAACACAUGAGGAUCCACACUGGAGAGAAACCAUUUAUAUGCCCUCAGUGUGGGAAGAGUUUCAGCCAAUCAUCAUACCUUAAUCUACACACGAUAAUCCACACUGGACAGAAACCAUUCACAUGCACUCAGUGUGGGAAGAGUUUCAGCCUAUCAUCAAACCUUAAUAAACACAUGAAGAUCCACACUGGAGAGAAACCAUUCAUAUGCCCUCAGUGUGGGAAGAGUUUCAGCCAAUCAUCAUACCUUAAUCUACACAUGAUAAUCCACACUGGAGAGAAACCAUACACAUGCACUCAGUGUGGUAAGUGUUUCAACCGCUCGUCAAACCUUAAUAAACACAUGAGGAUCCACACUGGAGAGAAACCAUUCAUAUGCACUCAGUGUGGGAAGAGUUUUAGCAAAUCAUCAUACCUUAAUCUACACAUGAGGAUUCACACUGGACAGAAACCAUUCACAUGUACUCAGUGUGGGAAGAGUUUCAACCGAUCAGCAAACCUUAAUGAACACAUGAAGAUCCACACUGGUGUGAAAGAGUAUAUGUGUUUGAGUGUGAGAAGACUUUUCUUACAGCUCCAAAUUUGAAACUGCACCAGACGAUUCACACUGUUACAAGAAGUUUUAUUGGUUAACACAUCUAAAAACAGAAGAGGAUUCACACUGGAGAGAAACCGUACAGAUCUGAUCAGUGUCCACAGAGUUUCACUCAAUCGCCGCAGCUUGAGAAACACAUGGACAAGAAGUUGCACACAUGAUAUGAAUGGAGCACAACAUUUUUCAUAUGCACAGGAUUUUUCAUGUCUGAAUAAUGUUUAAAAAGGCUGAGGGACGCUAUACUCUUUUCCAACACUCCUACACUGGGGUUGUUGGUGGGGUUGUAAAUGUGUCGCGUUUCUUCCACUCUCCACACUCUCCAGUGUAUUCAUGUAGCUAGUGUUGUUUUGCAUGAUGUUCUCUGUCUGACUCUCUGAAUGAGAAACAAAUCACUGGGAAGACACCGCACAUCAAAUAAGGUGAAGCUCCAGGAUGGUUAGUUUGCAGAAUAGCAGGGCCUCAAGUUUAGAAAGCCCAUUCAAUUGUCCUGUGUUGCAUCUUUUAUUAGUAAAGGAUCUUUAUUUUUAAGUUCUAGUUUACUACGGUAGGGAUGGUAUACAGUUUAACCCAAAGAAUGACCAGUCUGUCAGAUGAAGAAGAGCCGGAGUCAAAGAUUCAAAUAAAUAAAUGAAGUUUACUGAAGAUAGUUUGCAGUUUCAUCAGCAGAAGCCAGCUCAACAUUUGCAAUGAGUUCCUAGGCCGCUCUGACUUACAGUACAACAAUGCAGUAAUUAUACUCUACACAAGUCCAGAAAGGGUGGGAUCCAGGUAAACAGUUCUCAUUGGUUACAGCAAAAAUAGACAAUUCUAAAUGCUCGUGUCAAUGAAGUAUUGUAUCUAGCUCCAGAUAUGGAUGGCCUCAAUGCGUGCGUUAAGAAAGAUUUGUAUCUAACUCCAGAUAUGGAUAGCGACAUGGUUCCUGGGGGUUAGGUCGACCCUAAGUUAUUAAGAGCUGAUCUCCGACCUGUGAAAAGCUAAAUCAGGGUCACAAAAGACACAAGAGACCAUCUGUGUUAAAAUCUCAAGGAUGUUUCUUGUACGGUGAGGCAGUGGGGCAGCAGGUAGUGCUGUCGUCUCACAGCAAGAAGGUCGCUGGUUAGAACCUCGGCUCAGUUGGUGUUUCUGUGUGGAGUUUGCAU